CUUAAUGCUUCAGCUCUUUCUAAACCUUUAUAUAUAAUUCACUUCACAGCCAACAUUCUCACUCGUCUUUGCUAGAAAACAAAAUGCAGACUCACCCCAUUAUCCCUCUCGUCUUCUUCGUUUUCCUUUGCUUUCCAUGUUUGCUCAAUGUGAGUUUAGCCGGUGCAAGAGUGCUACUGGCUGGUGACAGCCCACUUACGCCAAAAGCAUAUCUUAUUCGGUAUUGGGACAAGGAGAUCCACAACAAUUUACCAAAAUCUCAAUUCAUUCUAUCCAAGGCAUCCCCUUUGAACGCCGUGGAAGCUGCCAUUUUUGCGAAACUCGCAGCGGAAAACGCCCUCUCCAUUAAGCUCUCUGCUUUCUGCUCCUCCGCCAAGCUCUUUUGCUUCCCCCACUUAGCCCCCAGCAUUGAGAAGCACGAUGGAAACUCAGAAUUUGCUACUUACGAAAAUAAGAACUUUACCGAUUAUGGUACAGGUGCGGUGGACGGAGUUAACUCCUUCAAGAACUAUUCAGAUACUGUCAAUACUUUUCGCCGAUAUGGCCGAGCAGCUAUCGAUCACGACGAGAAAUUUUCCAUUUAUGGCCCCGAAGGAAACGUCGUUGACCAAAGCUUCAACACCUACGGUGCCAGGAGCAGCGGCGGUGAAGGCGAGUUCAAGAAUUACAACGAGGGAGUUAAUGUUCCAAAUCUCCGGUUCACGUCUUACUCCGAUCAUGGAACCCUCAAGGCCCAAAAGUUCUCAAGUUAUACAGAGGAUACAAACGCCGGUAGCGAAUCAUUCACCAGUUAUGGGAAGAACGGGAAUGCAGCCCCUAAUGAGUUUACGAGCUAUGGAGAGAACACUAAUGUGAUUAUCUCAGAUUUUAAAAAUUACGGCGAGAACAGUAAUGGAGCUAACGAUACCUUCAAGUCUUAUGGGGUUAAUGGGAAUGUUCCACAGAACAAUUUCAAAAACUACGGUGCUGAAGGGAAUGGUGGUUUUGAUACAUUCACCAGUUACAGAGAACAGUCCAAUGUGGGUGACGAUUCCUUCCAAUCGUAUGCUAAAAAAUCAACUGAAGGAACUGUCGGUUUCAGAAAUUAUGGAAAUUCCUACAAUGAAGGAACCGAUACGUUCUCAGGAUAUGGUGAAGAAGCUGACGGGCAGAAGAUUGGAUUCAAGAUCUAUGGAGUGAACAACACUUUCAAAGAGUAUGCCGAUAACAAAAGCGUCUCUUUUUCUGAGUACAACUCUACAGCUGAUACAGCAUCUGAAGAAACUACUACAAAGAACCUCAGUGGUAGUUUGGUAAAUAAGUGGAUCGUGCCUGGCAGAUUCUUCCGAGAGUCGGAGCUGAAGGAGGGUAAUGUGAUGCCAAUGCCCGAUAUUACAGAUAAAAUGCCCCCAAGGUCAUUUUUGCCCCGGUCCAUCACCUCAAACUUACCAUUCUCCACCUCCAUGAUUGCUCCACUCAAGGAAACUUUCCACGCCGUUGAUAAUUCCACCAUGGAAAAGAUAAUCAUUGACGCUCUUAACGAGUGCGAGAGAGACCCUAGCCCUGGCGAGACAAAGCGAUGCGUGGGCUCGGCCGAGGACUUGAUCGACUUCGCCACCUCCGUCUUAGGACGCAAUGUGGUGGUACGUACGACGGAGAAUGUGAAAGGAUCUAAGAAGGACAUCAUGAUCGGUUCGGUCAAAGGGAUCAACGGGGGGAAAGUGACAAAGUCAGUGUCUUGUCACCAGAGCUUGUACCCUUACCUGCUCUAUUACUGCCAUUCGGUUCCCAAAGUUAGGGUUUACGAAGCGGAUAUCUUGGAUACAAAUAGCAAGGCGAAGAUCAACCACGGGGUUGCCAUUUGUCACUUAGAUACUUCGUCUUGGAGUCCUACCCACGAAGCUUUCUUAACAUUGGGUUCAAGUCCGGGCCGGAUCGAGGUGUGCCACUGGAUAUUUGAGAAUGAUAUGGCUUGGACCACUGCAGAGAAUAGUAUUACUCUGACCACCGCAGAAAACGAUAUGACUUGGACCAUCGUGGACGAAUAAGCUAGGAAAACAUGGGUUCGAUUAACUUUUGGCUAAAAGAGGUUAGCCGGUAGCUCGAUCUUCAGAGCCUGGGUUAAAUAUAAGAGUCGUUAUGUAAUAUAUAGUGAAUAAUCAAUCUCUUAAUGAUGAUUGAGAUCUUGCUAAAUCCUUUUAUGAAUAUUAUAUCAAUAAGUUAGGUGUGUGUGAAUUAUAUCUUAGCAAA